AUGGCGAAUGAGCUUAUAAAACAAUUGGAUCCCGAAUUUAGGAGCACUCCGAAAGAGAUUGAGAGUGAUGGAAGGUACAUGCCUCAUUUUAAGGACUGCAUUGGGGCAAUUGAUGGGGUUCAUGUGCAAGCUGUGGUUUCUCCAAAAGAUGUAGUGCCAUAUAUUGGUAGAAAAGGGUCACUCACCCAAAAUGUGAUGGCUGAAUGCAACUUUGACAUGCAAUUCACAUUUGUAUGUGCAGGGUAUGCUCAACAAGAUCAAGAUUUUGAUGAAGAUGAUGAUUACCCAAAUGAAGAAAUUGGUGAUGAUAUGGAGGAUAAUGAGUAUGAAGAAGAUGGUGCGGGGAGACAACAAAUGGUGGUGCUAAGAAAUAUGAUUGCACAAAGUCUAAUGGAUGCAUUGUAG